GUGUUAUAUGUGAACUCUAUAGCAAGUACAUACGAGCAUCAUAAAAUAGAAAUAUAUAAAUAAAAAUAUAUGAAGAAAAGUUACUUAAAAAUUAAAUAUUAAUGUUGUUUUUCAAACUUAACAAAUAAAACUAAUAAAUUUAUAAAUUGAAGUUUAAUAUGACCAUGUAUCAGUAAAACAAACAGUGAAUACAUUCAAUUAAGAUUCAUACAUAUAAUGAAGUCAAAAUUCAGUAAAGCUCAAGGGUGGAUAAAUAUUAUAUGUUGAGCUCUGCGUCAAAGGAAACCAUUAUUAUGUUACACAAAUAUAUACUUUGAAAUUAUAUACAGCUGUACAUAAAAUUUCAUACAGAGCUGUAUUGUUUAAUAUUGUACAUAAUAGACAGGCGUAUUGACUGCUAGACAAAUAAAAAAUAGAAAAAAAACAAUUAUUGAUCAAUUUCAAUAUUACAUUCUAAAAUCAUAAAAUAUAAUAUAAAAUUAUGAAUUCCAAUUAUUUUUGAAACAUUAAAGAGAUUGUUGGAAUCUUCAUAAUAAAUAGUCAUAACUAUUAAAUCGGAGGAGUUAAAUCAGAAGAAAUUAUACUGCAAAUCACUAUGGCGAUGACAGCUUGUUAUCGAAAUUUUGAAGUUCCACCAAUUUCACAAAAUAUGUCACAUAAUCUAAUGACCAGUUAUCAAGCGCGUCAUCAUAGUAUAACAUCACAUCAACAUUCUCAAAAGGAUUACAGUAUUCCUUUGCAUGUCGAUUGCAGUGUGGAAUAUGAACUACCAAAUCAAGCAAAACCUCCAGCUGGUGCACGUGUUGAACCUCUACUUAUGAUACAUCCGUGUUAUUUUCGAAAAAUGGAGUCACAACGUCGUAGUCCAUUCAUCAAUAAUAUGCCAAAUCAACAAACAUCGCAUAUUAAUUCAAGUGGUAGUUUAUCUUCAAACAAUAUAAACACUUCCAAUGCAAAAGUUUUUCGACAUCAGUCUUCAUCAAGCUUGCUGAGACCAAAUCAUAUCAAUCACACAACACCUCAGCACCACGGACAAAUCUUAAAUACUGCCAAUGUGCAAUUACCGUCAUCAAACACAGCAAACACUUUGUCGUCAUCUAAAAUAAGAACAUCGCAACAGCAAAUCAAUUUGAAACAACAAAUAGAUGAAUAUGUCCAAAGGCAAAUUGUUCAAAUGUCCACACCUCAAACUUCAAUAGCCUAUUCAAUAACUAAUAGUCACAAUAUUUCUCAAAUUAACAGCCAAAGUACAAGUAGAGCCUCUAGCAAUGGGCAUUACCUCGGACAACAAUCCCAAAGAUCCACAUCCACGUGGGAUCCUUACAAUAUUGGUGGACAGCAUCAAAAAAUUGUUGAAGGCCAUAACUCGAAAGAAGCGUCUCACAUAAGUAAUACAUCAAUUAUUGAAGGGGGAGGAUUGUUAUCUACAGGACAAUGGGGUGAAAAUAUUGAAAAAACUUCAUCUAUGGCAGCCAUUCCAAGAGAUUAUCAAUCAGGUCCGGAAUGCAUUCCAAUCGUUAUCAAGCCAAAUACUGUAAAACAAGUACAGCAUAUCAAUAUAUAUCGAAACUCUGUAGGUAAACGAGAUGCUAUGCUUUCAGGAGUUUACAGUGGUGAAAGUACUUCAACUGAAAUUUCACCAACUGAUGUAAUGUGGAAAACUAAUAAGCCAAGAAAGUUUCUUUCGAAAACUGAUACUAGCGUAAAUAAAAUUAUGUCAAACAACAAAACAAGUUCCUCAACAAAAAAUACAUGUUCGAGUAUUCAAAGCAACCAAAUUUAUAACAUACACCGUUCAUCAACCACAAAUCAAGAUCAACGUAAUAUUCUAAGUGGAAAAUAUAAACAAUAUUUGCGGUCACAAAGACUGCAUCCGUAUUCAUUGUUACCGGAUGCUUUGACAGCAGUUACAUCUGAAAGUGCUUUUCCUCAAAUAAAUUCGACUCCUUCAAUGUUUCAACAAAUUUCUUGCUUCAACGUGUGAUAAUUUAAAGUAUCAGUUAAUGCAAAUUACUUAUACAGACUGAUUAGAUUCAAAGAUCAUAGAAAAUUUAUCUGAACAAAAGCACUUUAAUUAGGAUUUUCAAUCAAUGUUAGCAAAUUAUAAUUGAUGGCGAAUUUUAACAGAUUACAGUUUACGCAAGCAGAAACAGCUGCAGUCGAAAACCGAUAUUUCAUUUCAUUUACUUUGAUUAAUUUGUAAUUUUAUAUGAAUAUUUUACAAAAGGUAACGUACAUAUUACAAACAAUGCAAUGAAAUUUAAAAUUGAUUGAAACAGAUAAUUUGUUUGUUUAUAAUAUUAAAUAAAAAGUAAUAAUAAAAUGUAAAUAUUAUAACAAUAAUUAAACAUAUUUACCUGAAUCACAUGAGAAAAGAUUUUUUUUUUUAUGUUUUACUUAUAAAAAUUAUUACAAAAAUACCUUAAAAUUGAAAAGAUCUU